UAAAAACUUAACGAGGAACAGAAGGGAAGAACAAAUCCCUCAAAUUCAACCAGAUGCUCCGCAUUCUUCGUGUAUUCAUCGAGAACAAAGACAUCAACAACACGAAGGAGUUAAUUGAACACCGAAACAACGACAGCAAAUACCAUCGAUACUCAUCAACAACUAAUGAAAGCACCAUGUCAGCGUUAGCGAAAACACUCGAACCUUUAAUGAAAAGGGCCGCCCGAACCUAUCAGGGAGUAUUGGCCACUGAAUUGAAUAAGAUGGGUGAGUUCUCUGAGCGGAAGCAUGAAGAGUGCUUCGAAGUGCCAACAACAACAUCUGUUGGCAUAUCUCGAGGCAAUAAGUCCUCUGACUAAAUCGAUUCAAAUUUUCUUCGCAUUUUCCUUCUCUUCGAACAAAAUCUAACAUAAACACUCGAUUGGCAUGUCAUUUAUACUUGAUUUUAAUCAAACAACGGUAUGAAUCACCCGUCUUCUUUGCGAUAUCUCCCAUUCCAGGACUUCGGGCAGAGGACUUGAUGAGUCGGGACGAACCAGAGGUCAACGAAGCCUUGGAAUUGGCGAGCCCGGAUGUUGUCGAAGGCCGAUACCGCCGAUUGAAACGAGCCAGUGAUUUGGCCUUCAAACAAAAGGAGCUCCAGGACUAUGCCCCGGACAUGAUAUUGGACCCAAUGAAGAAAGAGAUUAGUGCGGACGUCGAUAAGAUCAUGAAGAGAGAUCUCGAAUUCGAUCUUCUCAACAACCACAAAAAGGGUUAGGCAGUUCUAUCGUAUCUAUCGAGCAAAUCAUGAUAAUCAGGUCAGAGUUCGACAUCGAUCUCAGAACUAAUUAAUUUGAUAUAUACAAAAUAAGUAAAUUCAUUUUAUUGUG